UUCGUCUGCGACUCGCUACAGAGGGCAACGUUGAUAACACAAGCAAACAUUUGUAAACGUCGAACGCAUUUCGAAAGUUGUUGGAUUUGUAGUUUUCUUUUGACGGCAGGAGUUUCAAACUCCGAAGAUGUCUCUGGCUGAUGAACUCCUGGCUGAUCUGGAGGAGGCGGGGGAUGAGGGGGAGGACGGGCUGUACCCGGGGGAAGAGGGGGAGAGUGAUGGGGAGGCGGGGGAGGGACAGGUAGAGGGAGGUUUGGAGGACAUCCCAGAGGAGAUGGAAGUGGACUACAGCGGAGCUGAGAGUGUCUCGUCCAUCGCUAAACUACGCAACAGCAAACAGUUCUCAGAGAUCAUGGACAAAAUUGCAAUCUAUGUUGAGAAGCAGCGCAAGAACUCUGAAGUCUCCGGUCCAGUUGAGGCAGACCCAGAAUACAGGCUGAUCGUUUCUGCCAAUAACCUCACAGUAGAAAUUGAGAACGAACUGAACAUCAUUCACAAGUUUGUCCGUGACAAGUAUUCCAAGAGGUUCCCUGAGCUGGAGUCUCUGGUGCCCAACUCUCUGGACUACGUCCGUACUGUCAAGGAGCUGGGGAACAACCUGGACAAGUGUAAGAACAACGAGAAUCUGCAGCAGAUCCUGACCAACGCCACCAUCAUGGUGGUCAGCGUCACAGCCUCCACCACACAGGGGACGAUGCUGGGUGAGGAUGAACUGAAGAGGUUGGAAGAGGCCUGUGACAUGGCGCUAGAGCUGAACCAAUCAAAACACAGGAUCUAUGAGUAUGUGGAGUCCAGGAUGUCAUUCAUCGCUCCUAAUCUGUCAGUCAUCGUUGGAGCCUCGACCGCAGCCAAGAUCAUGGGUAUUGCUGGGGGCCUGACCAACCUGUCUAAGAUGCCAGCCUGUAACCUGAUGCUACUGGGAGCCCAGAAGAGGACCCUGUCAGGGUUCAGCAGCACCGCUCUGCUCCCACACACCGGCUACAUCUACCACUGUGAUGUGGUCCAGACUCUACCCCCGGACCUGAGGAGAAAGGCAGCACGUCUGGUUUCAGCUAAGUGCACCCUGGCAUCCCGAGUAGACAGCUUCCACGAGAGUGUAGACGGCAAGGUGGGCUAUGACCUGAAAGAGGAGAUUGAGAAGAAGUUUGAUAAAUGGCAGGAGCCUCCACCAGUGAAGACUGUCAAACCCCUGCCAGCACCGUUGGAUGGACAGAGGAAGAAGAGAGGAGGACGGAGGUAUCGUAAAAUGAAGGAGCGUCUGGGUCUGACAGAGAUCAGGAAACACGCCAACAGGAUGACUUUCGCAGAGAUUGAGGAUGAUGCGUACCAGGAGGACCUGGGUUUCAGUCUGGGCCAGCUGGGGAAGUCGGGCAGCGGCCGCAUCAGACAGGCUCAGGUCAACGAGGCCACCAAGGCCAGGAUAUCAAAGUCCCUACAGAGGAAGCUGCAGAAGCAGAACAUGACGUACGGAGGCAGGUCCACAGUUGGCGGCAGGUCCACAGUUGGCAGCAGGUCCACAGUCGGCGCGAGGUCCACAGUCGGCGGGAGGUCCUCGGUUAGAGACAACUCCUCAGGAACCAGCUCCAGCGUAGCCUUCACUCCACUACAGGGGCUGGAGAUCGUGAACCCGCAUGCAGCAGAGAAGAAGGUGGCUGAGGCCAACCAGAAAUAUUUCUCCAACAUGGCAGAGUUCCUCAAGGUCAAGAAGGAGGGAGAGGGAAAGUGAGGAGUACACAUACAAUUCAUCAUACACACCAUAUACUUCCACACAGCGGUGCUGAUAUACAGACAUACCAACUUGUACACUGCUCAAAAAAAUAAAGGGAACACUUUUAACAUUGUCUUGCAUUAGGAGGAACCCAGGGUUCAACCGC